AAUGUAUUAUUUUGCUUGUUUUCUUCUCAAGUUGGAAGAGAAAGUGAAGGAAACGGUGGUGCGAGAGUGAGGGGAAAGAUAAAGAGUUUUUGGGGUUUCGUUUUUCUAUUAUGGGUUGUUUUGGCUGCACUGGAGGAUCGAGCAGAGAAUCGGAGAGCAUCAAGAACGGCAAUGGUAACACCAACAGUAUCAGGAGGAAGAAAAACCAUGGUCCAGGAGUAGGCAGUUCAGCAUGUCCAAAAGAGGGUGCUAAGAAUGACCAGUUUUUGAGCGAUGCAAAGAAUUUGAAUUUGAAUUGUGAUUGGAAAAAGGUUUCCAAGAGUGGAAAAAGCAAUGGGAAGGAGGUGCUGGAAUUCUCUUUUGAGGAACUCAUUGCCACAACCAGAAAUUUCAGGUCAGAUUGUUUCUUAGGGGAAGGGGGUUUUGGCAAAGUUUACAAGGGAUAUUUGGAGAGGAUAAACCAGGUUGUUGCAAUCAAGCAACUUGAUCAUAGUGGUGCUCAGGGGAUCAAGGAGUUUGUUGUUGAAGUGGUGACAUUAAGUGAGGCUGAUCAUCCAAAUCUUGUCAAAUUGAUGGGAUAUUGUGCCGAGGGUAACCAGAGAUUGUUGGUUUAUGAGUACAUGCCGUUAGGUUCUUUGGAAAAUCAUUUGUAUGAUCUUUCUCCUGAUAGAAAACCACUUGAUUGGAAUACAAGAAUGAAAAUAGCAGCUGGUGCUGCGAGGGGUUUAGAGUAUUUGCAUAUGGAAAUGAAACCCCCUAUAAUAUACCGUGAUGUGAAAUGCUCCAACAUUUUGCUUGGUGAGGAAUAUCAUGCCAAACUAUCUGAUUUUGGCUUGGCUAAAGUGGGUCCCAGUGGGGAUGACACUCAUGUUUCUACACGAGUUAUGGGCACAUAUGGUUACUGUGCUCCAGAUUAUGCAAUGACAGGCCAGCUAAAUUUUAAAUCAGAUAUUUUUAGCUUUGGUGUUGUUCUUUUGGAGCUAAUCACUGGUAGGAAAGCGCUGGACUGUACAAGAGAGAAAAAGGAGCAAAAUCUUGUUGUAUGGGCACGACCAAUGUUCAAAGAUCGCAAGAACUUCUCACAAAUGGCUGACCCGAAGCUGCAGGGUCAAUAUCCAACAAGAGGCUUAUACCAAGCUAUUGCUGUUGCUGCAAUGUGCGUCCAGGAGCAGCCUGGCAUGCGCCCAACCAUAGUAGAUGUGGUUCAGGCUCUGAAUUACCUAUCCUCCCAGGAAUAUGUCCCAAACAAGCCAGUUCAUGGGACCUCUGCUUCUUCACGAGGAAAUGAUAACAACAACACUUGUUUUGAAGUAAACAAGAGCAAUGAGAAAAAACACUGCGAGGAUAAGGGCAUAACAGAGACUGCAAACGAGGAGUAAGGUAGGAAUAAAGUGUUUAUAGGAGUAAUUAGGAAUAAAGUCUCCAUUUAAUUUCGAUGAUGUAAUUGAGGAAGUGCCUUAAUUAUCAAGUUUUGUAUUUGCAGAAGAUAACAGGCACUUAUUCUUCAUUUUUUUUUUGUCUUUGGUCCUUAAUUUUCCAUCUUUACCAGUGUAAAUGUGAGUUGAGGUCCCUGUACCUAAGAUAAGAUGCCUCUUCUUUUCUUAGGAACCAUACCAAAUUUUAAUUGGAGUUGCAAAUAAGGAAGAAAUAUCUAUAUUCUUA